UGUGCAGUACAUACACAAGGGGGCUUGGCUCCCGGCGUAACCCGAUCCACGCAGCUCGCCCUUUAAAGGAAUAAGGGAUGAUCCCGGUGAAUGGGGAUCAGCGGCGCGGCGUCAACGUUGUCUGAACUGUGCAUGUUAGGGAAAAUAGCAAGAAAGGGAUAGGAAAGAAUGGGUUCUUAAAAGAGAGCAUUGGGGAAGUACUGCGGAAAGGAGAGCAAGUGUGUAGCACAACGAUCCGAGCGCCGUGAUGUGAAUUGCGGAGAGAAGGUGUCGGUGUGAAAGCGAGAGGUCCAGGAAAACGCGGAGAAAUUCACAAGGGCCGUGAGCGCGUGCGCGUUUGGAAGGCGGGGUUUCCAUGGCGGACGUUGUGGAGAGCUCCGGGACCGGAACGCUGGGGCUGGAGGCCAUGGACUGGCAGAAGCGCUGCGUCGCCCUGGAGAUGCAGCUGCUGCGGUUCCGUCUGCAGGCCGGGAAGAUCCGGGAGCUCCUGGCGGAAAAGAUGCAGGAGCUGGAGCAGAGGGUGACGGAAGCUGACCAGCGGGCGGAGAACGCUGAAAAGCAGGUACAUGUGAUGGAAGCGAAGCUGAAAUCGGCCAACCUACAGCCCAGCGAAUCAGAAAACUCGUUGUACAGAAGGUAUCAAGAACUGACAAAUCAGGUGCAAGAAAAGGACAUGGUGAUAAAGAGGCUGGAACUCCAGCUGGAGAAGCAGAACUUGGUUCGAGCUCAGGAGGCAAAGAUCAUAGAAGAAAAGGCAGCCAAGAUUAAAGAAUGGGUCACCUUCAAGUUCAAAGAGAUGGAGAUGGAGAACCACCAAUUGAAGAUGGCUAACACCAAGCAGGCAGAACAGAUUCUGGCACUCAAAGACAAACUUCAAACUCUGUUGGAGUGCCCCAUGUCUUCUGGAACGCCAGCGUCUCCGCCUGCGGACUCUCACCUGGUUCCCUGCAGCCCCCUGUACCCCCCGAGCAGCCCUGGGUCCCCCACUGCCCCGGAGGAGAGCUGGAGGCAGCCUGGUUCCUGCCAGACCCCUUCAUUCACAGUCAACAGCCCAGAGGUGAAGAAGAAGUUUUUGGAGAACCCCGGCUGUGGGUCCCACGGGGUCUUCCUGACCUCCUCCUUGAUGAGAUCUCCAUGCCAUGACAGAGGUGACCCCCUCUCCCUGGGCUGCGGCUGGGACGGGCCCACACAGGACAGGGAGGACCCGGGGGCCAUGGUGGUGGUGCCAGAGGCCCAUGUCCCUGGCCGGGGCCGGGAGGGAGUCCCAGGAUUUAGGGGGAGUGAGGGGGCCUGUGAAACAGCAGAGGGCCUCUCCCCCAAUAGGUCGCACCCUGAGAUGGGCCGGGGCAGGCAGGAGGCAGGGUUUGUGUCGGGGGCGUCGCCAGGCUCGGAGCGGGACCACUCCUCCGACGAGCUCAACAGCAAGUUCCGGUCCCAGCGGCUGCACUCCUCCUCCUCGUCCAGCGAGGCCGCCCCUCCCAGCCCCCCGGGAACGCCCGCCCUGGCGCCCAAAACCCCGCCCCCGUCCCCGUUCUCCGCCUCCCUCCCGCUGGUGCCCCUGGCCUUCCCCUCCGGCAGCAGCAUGACCCUGCCCAAGGUGCGCACCCCGCUCACGCCCCGCGACAGCAUCCAGCUGGUGAAGAAGCACCACAGCCAGCCGCAGCCCGGGUUUGAGAAGCUGCACCAGGUCAACGUCAGCAUCGACAUCGCCUCCCCAGACCUCCUCCGCCCCUGCCACGCCCCGCCUGCCCCCGCCCCCGGACCCGGACCCGGACCCGGACCCGCACCCCAGCAGGUGGAGGAGACGGACAUCGACGAGAUGCCCGACACCAUGGAGGUGGUGGAGGGGACGGAGGUGGGCGGAGCCUCCCGCGACCCAGUCUCCCUCAUUGGCCUGCCGGAGGAGCUGGAGUUCCUGGACCCUGACAUCCUGAAACCGCCCACCCCUCCCCUGCACCGCUUCCCUUCGUGGGAAAGCCGAAUAUACGCGGUGGCCAAGUCCGGGAUGAGGGUGUCGGAGGCGGCCCCUGGAACCUGGUCCCCGAGUCGAGGCUCUAGCUUACCUUGCUACCCAGCUACUGGCCCGUUCACACAUCUGAUCUACAAGAACGUCAGUGUGCCAGUCUACGCAACACUCAAAGGGAAAGCCACCCAGAUCAGCACCGUGCCCCUCCCUGAUGAAGACUCCGGCUCUGAAGAUGACAGCGGCUCGCUUGCCAGCCUGCGCACCUCCACCCUGGGCCCGGAGGGCAAGAAGGGCAGCACCCCCGGGAGCCCCCGUGCUGUCAAGAGAGUGUGGUUUUUUUGUUGUUGUCAGGAGCCUCUGGAGAAGUCGGGGUACCUGCUGAAGAUGGGGUGCCAGGUGAAGGCCUGGAAACGGCGCUGGUUCAUCCUGAGGAAUGGCGAGAUCCUCUACUACAAAUCCCCCAGUGAUGUCAUCAGGAAGCCCCAGGGGCAGAUAGAGCUCAACUCGUCGUGCCGGAUCGUGCGCGGGGAAGGGGCGCAGACCUUCCAGCUCAUCACGGAGAAGAAAACCUUCUACCUGACAGCGGACUCUCCCAACAUUCUCGAAGAGUGGAUCAGGGUCCUGCAGGGCGUGCUCAAGGUCCAGGCCAGCACCCCCAUCGCCAUGGAGACCGGAGCCAAACCCACAGUGCGAGGCUGGCUGACUAAGGUCAAACACGGGCACUCAAAGCUGGUGUGGUGCUCGCUCAUUGGCAAGGCGUUCUACUACUACCGUAACCAGGACGACAAGUUUCCGCUGGGGCAGCUGCGCAUGCGGGAGGCCGGGGUGGAGGAAGUGGACCGGUCAUGUGACUCAGACGAGGACUACGAGGCCGGUGGGCGGGGCUUCCUCUCCUCGCACUACACUCUGCUGGUGCACCCGAAAGAGCAGAGCCCCACGUAUUUGCUCAUUGGGACCAAGCAGGAGAAGGAUGCCUGGCUGUACCAUCUGACAGUUGCAGCGGGCAGCAGUGCCAGCCUGAAGGUGGGCACGGAGUACGAGCAGCUCAUCGGUAAACUGCUGGACGUGGAUGGAGACCCAGACUCCGUGCUGUGGAAGAGCGCCCCCUUGUGUUUCAGCAAGGAAGGGCUGCGUUCGCCCCUCACCACCCUGCCCUCCGAGGCACUGCAGACAGAGGCCCUGAAGCUCUUCAAGUCAUGUCAACUGUUCAUCAAUGUGCUUGUGGAGUCACCUUCUAUCGACUACCACAUGUCCCUGGCCCAGAAUGCCCUGCAAGUGUGCCUGACGCAUCCAGAGCUGCAGAACGAGAUGUACUGCCAGCUGAUCAAACAGACCAACUGCCGCACACCACACAAUUACUCCCUCACACAGGGGUGGCAACUGCUCUCAGUGUGCGUGGCCCUCUUCCUUCCCCAGCACCACUUCCUGUGGUACCUGAGGGAGUACCUGCAGCGACACGCCGACCCCAGGACGGAGGUGGGGAAGUACGCGGUGUACUGCCAGAGGUCGGUGGAGCGGACGCUGCAGAAUGGCGAGAGGGAGGCCAAGCCGUCCCGCAUGGAGAUCCUGUCCAUCCUGCUGAGGAACCCCUACCACCACUCCCUGCCCUUCAGCAUCCCGGUGCACUUCAUGAACAACACCUACCAGGUGGUGGGCUUUGAUGGAUCCACCACGGUGGAGGAGUUCCUGAACACGCUGAACCAGAAGGCCGGGAUGAGGAAGCCUCUGGUCUCCGGCUUCGCCCUCUUCACAGACGACCCGUCCGGGAAGGACCUGGAGCACUGUCUGCAGCCCACUGUCAAGAUCUGCGAUGUCAUCUCAAAGUGGGAGCAGGCUCUGAAGGAAUUGCACCCUGGGAAAUAUGAGGGAACCCGCAUCGUCCGCCUAACCUACAAGAGCAGACUGUGCUUCCGAGCCCAGGCGAAGGGUGAGACUGAGCGUGAGCGCCUCUUGCUGGCCUACCAGGUGAAUGACGAAGUCCUGAAAGGUCACUUCCCCGUCAACAAGGAGCUGGCACUGGAGGUGGCUGCUCUCAUGGCUCAGGUGGAAUAUGGCGACCUGGACCGCCCCGCCUCCUGCAGCCCCAGCAGCUCCUUCCCACCAAAAGUCCAGCAGAUGCUGCUGCAGGUCCUGGAGCGCUUUUACCCCAAACGCUACAAACAGGACUGCAGCCUGGAGCAGCUCAGAGACCUGAUGGAGCGCCUGGCCACCAAAUGGACGGUCCUGCGGGGGUGCAGCGUGCCAGAGUGCGUGCGCAUCUACCUGACCGUCGCCCGAAAGUGGCCCCUGUUUGGAGCCAAGCUCUUCAGCGCCAAGCCAGUCCCACCAUGUGCGAUGGAGGACCAUCCCCAGCUGUGGCUGGCAGUCAAUGAGGAUGGACUGAGUGUGCUGGAGUUCAACACAAUGCACCUGCUGGUGACGUACUCCUACCAGUCGGUGAUAACCUUUGGUGGUUGUCGUGACGACUUCAUGGUGGUGGUGAGCCAAAUGAGGGACCAGGGUUUGGGGAAGAGGACCGUGGACAAGCUGGUCUUUUCCAUGGCCAAGCCCAAGAUUCUGGAACUGACCCUCCUGAUGGCCAGCUACAUCAACUACUGGGCCUCCACGUUAUCGCCCUGUGGCCCACAGCCCUCUGGCCCCUGCGCUCCGCUAAGGGCCAUGGGGGACAGGAAGUUGUGGGACAUAGACAGCCGACACUUCCCUUCCAUGACACGCACCACCAAGGGCCCCACGCUACUGUGAUGAAACAUGGAAAAAAAAAACCCCCAAAGCAUCAUGGGAACCAGAACACAAGAGAAAGCAAUCCCAAGAAAGCAUCACAGCAGCAGCAGCAGCAGCAGCAGCAGCUCAAACCUGAAAAUCACCAUGGAGACCACAACAUAACAGGAAGUCAUCCAAGAGCAUCACUUCAGUUUCUACACCCUACUCUGGUGCACUUGCCCUUACCAUGCGUUUAAUACCACCUACUGGUGAACUACCUGCAAAGCCAUCUCCCUGCUGUGAGUCUAGGUGUGUUUCACCACAGAGGAAGCACUCUAUAAAGGGGGAGAUUUAGAAUUUUUGGUCUUAGAGACCAUUGGUAUAUGGGUGGAAAAAGCUGAGUAAAAAAUCUUUGAUGCUCAUCUUAUGGAUGUCACGGUCUCUGCAUAUAAAUUGCUUUUUUUCUAUUUCCAUGACGAAAGAGCGAUCCUCACUCUUUCUGCUCAAACAUGCAAAUGGAGUAAUGCGUAUUCUAGGACUUACAGAGUUGACAUUGUGGUCUGGAACUCUGUGUAGAAAGAUAAAAUGAAUUUUAUUUUGAAGCCAGAAUGAGGACUGGUCUAACUGGCUCAGCCGCUGGUCGAUCUCUACUUUGUAAGGAGAUAAUCAGGUUCUAAUCCUGGAACUCUGGCCUUGACUUCUCUUCAAUGUGCAUCCAUGCCAGAUUGGCUUUUUUUUUUUAACAGGAAAGGAAUGCAAUAAAAAAAGGGAAGAUGAUUUUGUUUGCUCCAGUCCCUUAUAUGGAGACCGUGUGCAUUAGAUUUUCCUUAAAAAGACGAGGCUGUGCUAGGGAAUCUAGUCAGUCCAUAAGCGCUGUAACAGACAUUAUCUUAAUUCGACAGCAUGUGUCAUAUUUCGCAUGUUUCUGAACUGGCUAUGAACUCGGCCAAGCCUGAAGCCACUUUAAGUCUUUUCAUUUUGUUUUGUCAUUUUGACUCCUUAACUUUAUAUAAGCUGUGGGUUCUUUAAGAACUGUACGAGAAAUGUUUAUUUUCCGGUGUGCAUCUGUGAGAUUUAUGUGUGAAAUGUCAGAGGUAUUGAGUUUGCUAACACAGUAAAGAAUUGCUGUGUCGGGCAAGUAUUGUGGGAUAUCAACCUUUCAUAUGUCUGUUGUAUCUCUGGAGUAUGAGUGAAUCAUCCAUGUAGUUUUUACUAUUUUAAGUGUGAAAACCCUGCUAAUGUUGUCAUUUUAAAGAUUGAACCCUGAUGUUGGCAUGGACAUAGAUCCUGGGGGAAAUGGGGACACACGUCCCCCCAACUUUGGUACUGUUAGUGUCUCUCCCCCUCCCCCCCCCCCAAAAAACAACAAAAUCUGAAAGAAAAUGUCCUGUUUUCUGUUUGUUGUCCCCCUAGCCCCCCCCCUCCCCACCCCCGCUUGAAAUGAGAUUUACAUCUUUGUAAGUUUUGGUUUACCCAGUUAACUGCAAUUGUCAUCUUUUAGAUGAUAAGAAAAUAAUCACAUGUAUUUGGACAAGGCCUGUGACCCCCCCCCUCCCCUCCCAGGUGCUGUGCAAUGUUUAACACAACCUUUGCCCAGACCUCUCAAAGUUUGUAAAAUGGGAAGUGUGGUUGACUGCAAAAUUGUGGCGACAGCCUUUGAGCUUUUUAAAGCAAAUAUUCAUACACAGCAGUUGUUAUUCUUAGUGUAGUAAUAUUAUGAGGUUUAGUUGUCAUCCACAGUAUUGCUCUCAUAUUAGCAUAUUAGCUCAUAUGGGCAUCUUGUCUCACCAAAUGAAUACAGUGAAGGGUUAAAACUGACCAAACAUAAUUUGAUUCAAAUCAAGUUACCCACGUUUUCAUCCUACAGUAUUUUGUCAAAAUUACAGAACGCUACUAUUGUGCAUGGAUGUUGUUCUAUCCAACUAAUGGUUCAGCUGGUAGCAGUAAAUGUUCCAAUAUGGAACAAAGAUGUUUAGACUUGACCUUCAACACUUGAGAUAAGAGAUUAAGUUUUUUUUUUUUUUUUUUAGGUAGAAGACCAAGUCUGUGUUCUUAUUUCAUGUGCUAUUUGUCUUUAUUCUUGUUAUUUUUUUCUCUGAAUAAUUUCUAGGAUUAAUGUUAUCUGUGUUUUGUUUUCUAUUUCACUGAGAAGUCUGCUUUUCAGGGGUGGACACAUAUACUGCAGAGAGGACACAGCCCGAGUGAUGGCUAUGGAGGUACCUAUUAGAGCAAGCGUGUCAAACUCCAGUCCUGGUGGGCUGUAGUGUCUGUGGGUUUAACUUCAGUCCUGGAGGGCCACAGUGUCUGCGGGUUUAACUCCAGUCCUGGAGGGCCGCAGUGUCUGCUGGUUUAACUCCAGUCCUGGAGGGCUGCAGUGUCUGCUGGUUUAACUCCAGUCCUGGAGGGCUGCAGUGUCUGCAGGUUUGACUCCAGUCCUGGAGGGCCACAGUGUCUGAAGGUUUAACUCCAGUCCUGGAGGGCCGCAGUGUCUGCUGGUUUAACUCCAGUCCUGGAGGGCCACAGUGUCUGCGGGUUUAACUCCAGUCCUGGGGGGCCGCAGUGUCUGCAGGUUUUUGUGGCUUCCUGUCAACUGGCAACCAAUUUAGGCCCCGGAUAGCCAUGAGUGUGAGUGACUCUUCAGCCAGUCUGUAACUUUAAAAUGAAUCACUGAAACACACUGAAAGCCUAAUAGACACUAUGCCCCCCCCAAGACUGCAGUUUGACACCCCUGCAUUAGUAACGUGGAGGAAAAGACCAGCGCUUGAAGGCGGGUUGAAGUGGACCCCCCCUUGCUAAUGCUUCACUGACAGGUUUGCUCUGUGGGAAACAGAGACAGACCGAAACUGUCUUAAUGCUAGUACACUUGAAUAUUGUUUUCUUUAUUUUGGAUCAAACCACUUUGUCAGUUUAGCUCUAUUUAUUUGCUUUUGGCUGUUUUGGGGGAAAACAUGUUUGUAGUAAGCGAGCGAAUUAUGUUAAGCAAGUUGGUCAGCCUUUUAAAUUUCCUUAAAACCUAAUCUUGAGUGGCUGAAGUUGUUUAAUGUAGCAGAAGGAAUUAAUGAACUGUACUUGACACGUGUGCUGUAUAAGGUAAAGAAAAGAACAAAAUAUGUCAGUGUGUUGGACUCUGUAGGCCUUUGUGCAUUAAGAGCAAAAAAAAAAUGUGUUGAAAAUAAAUUUGAAACUUUUUA